AUGGGCCCCGGUCGCCUUCUGCUGCCCAUAUUGACCCUGGGUUCUGCGGCCCUCGCACAGGACCAAUUUCAAUCCCGGUGCCAGAACUUCGCAGCAAAGGUUGAUUUUCCAAACGUCAAGGUGAACCUAGUCAACUAUGUCGCCGGGGGCACGAAUGCGUCGUUGGCCGACAAUGUUAAAUCUUGCGACCAAACAUCACAGCCAGUCUCGGCCGACCUGUGUCGCGUUGCAUUGGCUGUUGCGACAUCCAAUGCUAGCGAAAUUACGCUCGAAGCGUGGUUCCCCAGAGACUACAAUGGCCGCUUCUUAAGUACUGGGAAUGGAGGUCUUGGUGGCUGCAUUCAGUACACUGACCUUGCGUAUACUACGGGUCUGGGAUUUGCAACCGUUGGUGCGAAUAAUGGCCACAAUGGAACAUCUGGAGAGCCGUUUUACAAAGCACCUGAGGUGUUAGAGGACUUUGUAUACCGGUCGGUCCAUACAGGGGUUGUUGUUGGGAAACAGCUCACGAAGCUCUUCUAUGAUGAAGGGUUCGACAAAUCGUACUACUUGGGUUGCUCGACAGGAGGACGACAGGGUAUGAAGCUUGCCCAGGAUUUCCCAGAUGAGCUAGAUGGCAUUGUUGCAGGUGCACCUGCGUUCAACUGGAAUGGCCUGUUGUCUUUUAGUGGGCAAUUAUAUCCGAUUACAGGCCCCGAAGGAUCAGCCACCUUUCUGUCAGUUGAUAAGUGGAGUUUAGUCCACGACGAAAUCGUGCGUCAGUGUGAUGAUCUAGACGGGGCGAAGGAUGGGAUCAUUGAGGAUCCUGAUUUCUGCCAUCCAAACGUUACCACAAUCCUCUGCAAAUCUGGAUCAGCCUCAGACAAGUGUCUUACUGCUGCCCAGGUCAACACAGUCCACCAAAUUUUGUCUCCGCUGCUGAGCACGAAUGGAUCGCUUAUUUACCCACGGAUGCAACCCGGCUCUGAAGUUUUCGCGGCACCCAUUGUGUACACUGGCGAGCCAUUCGCAUACAGCAGUGACUGGUGGAAAUAUGUGGUCUACAGUGACCCCAACUGGGAUCCAACAACGUGGAACGUCAAGGACGCCGAGGCUGCCCUGAAACAGAACCCAUACAACAUUGCGACGUGGAACGCAGAUCUCUCUGCUCUCCGCGACGCGGGCACCAAACUUCUUACCUACCAUGGACUCCAGGAUCAGUUGAUCAGCUCGGAAAACUCCAAGUUGUACUACCACCGUCUUCAGGAAACCAUGGGGCUGAAGCCGAACCAGUUGGAUGAGUUCUAUCGGUUCUUCCAGAUCAGUGGGAUGGCGCAUUGCUCUGAGGGUGAUGGUGCGUGUGGCAUUGGGAACCUGGCUGAAGGGUUUUCAGGUAGCACUGACCCCGAGGACAAUGUGCUCAUGGCGAUGGUGCAAUGGGUUGAAGAGGGUAUCCCCCCAGAGACGGUCCGGGGAGCCAGAUUCACCGAUGGGGCUGGGUCUCCUGUGGAAUAUCAUCGCAAGCACUGCCGAUACCCUCGGAGGAAUGUGUUCAAGGGACCUGGUAACUACACUGAUGAAAAUGCUUGGGAGUGCAUUUGA